AUUCCUGACUCAGCCUGUCCGCCUGACUGACACAAACCACUUCGGGUUCGUUUGUUUGUCUCUGAACUGUCUCACUAAAACCUCUCAAGAUGAUGUGUGGAGGAACCGGAUCGGUACAAGAUGCCGACGAGAAAGUCCAGGGUAUCUGUGACAGCGUAAAGGCUCAUGCAGAGGCAAAAUCAGGGAAGGAGUAUGGUGUGUUCGUGGCCAAGAAGUACGCGACGCAGUGCGUGGCUGGGACCAACUACUUCAUUAAGGUCCAUGUGGGAGGAGACGAACACAUCCACCUCUGUGUUUAUCAGAAACUUCCGUGUCAUGGAGGUGAAAUUUCACUGAGUAAGAUGGAGGAAUCAAAGACUGAGCACGAGCCUAUUGGUUACUUUUAAAGGGAGCGGAAACUAGACAGCGCACCAGCUCUAACAGGCUGCAGUCUCAUUUUAAACACAAACUACCAAUAAUCAUGUCUACUCAUUGCUCCAUCACUCCAUACUGUUUACAUACUGUAGGUCAUCAUGUGUAGAGUAUGUCAUAAAGGAACUAUUUUGUACAAGAUAACUGAAUAAAUCAUUCAGACUUUUUGUGAUCAUU